GACUCAGAUAAAGCAUUUCCUUCCAUUGUCAUCCUACCCGGCCGGCCGGGCUGCCAGGGCCCUCCCCCUCCCGGCCCCCUCCCUUCCUCUCGCCGUCUCUCAGUCGCUCUGCAGCCGCCGGCGACUGGGGGGGAUGUGAGGCCGGCGCCCCAGCCCCCCGCCCCGCCAUGAGCCCCCGGCUCUGAGGGCCCCGGCCCCUGGAUGCACAGCCCCGGCGCUGAUGGGACCCAGGUGAGCCCGGGUGCCCACUGCCCCAGUCCCCCUGGCACAGGCCGCCUCAGGCCCCCAGCGGACACGCCAGGCCCUCAGCCCCAGCCCAUGGACCUGCGGGUGGGCCAGCGGCCCCCGGUGGAGCCCCCGCCAGAGCCGGCGCUGCUGGCCCUGCAGCACCCCCAGCACCUGCACCACCACCUGCUGUUCGCAGCAGGCCUGCCUCAGCGCUCAGCGGAACCCAUGAGGCUCCCAAUGGACACGCCGGUGCCCCAGUUGCAGGUGGGGCAGCAGGAGCAAGAGCUGCGGCAGCUUCUCAAUAAGGACAAGAGCAAGCGAAGUGCCGUAGCUAGCAGUGUGGUCAAGCAGAAGCUGGCAGAGGUGAUUCUAAAGAAGCAGCAGGCAGCCCUAGAGAGAACAGUCCAUCCCAAUAGCCCCAGCAUUCCCUACAGAACUCUCGAGCCCUUGGAGACGGAAGGAGCUGCUCGCUCUAUGCUUAGCAGCUUUCUGCCUCCUGUUCCCAGCCUGCCCAGUGACCCCCCAGAACACUUCCCUCUCCGAAAGACAGUCUCUGAGCCCAACCUGAAGCUGCGCUACAAGCCCAAGAAGUCCCUGGAGAGGAGGAAGAAUCCACUGCUCAGAAAGGAGAGCGCCCCGCCCAGUCUCCGGCGGCGGCCUGCAGAGACCCUCGGUGACUCCUCCCCCAGUAGCAGCAGCACACCAGCAUCAGGGUGCAGCUCCCCCAAUGACAGCGAGCAAGGCCCCAACCCCGUCCUGGGCUCAGAGGCGCUCUUGGGCCAGCGGCUGCGGCUGCAGGAGACCUCUCUGGCCCCGUUCGCCUUGCCGACAGUGUCCUUGCUGCCCGCAAUCACGCUGGGGCUCCCCGCCCCUGCCAGGGCUGAUGCUGACCGCAGGACCCAUCCGACACUGGGCCCUCGGGGGCCGGUCCUGGGGAGCCCCCAUGCUCCCCUCUUCCUGCCCCACAGCCUGGAGUCUGAGUCUGGGGGCCCCUUGUCCUCUCGACUACAGCCCAUUCUCCUCCUCGAUCCCUCAGUCUCUCACGCGCCCCUGCUGACUGUGCCCGGGCUUGGGCCCCUGCCCUUCCACUUUGCCCAGUCCUUACUGACCACCGAGCGGCUCUCUGGGUCAGGCCUCCACCGGCCACUAAGCCGGACCCGCUCAGAGCCCCUGCCCCCAAGCGCCACCGCCCCCCCACCGCUGGGCCCCCUGCAGCCCCGCCUGGACCGGCUCAAACCUCACGUCCAGCUGAUCAAGAAUGGCUUCUCAGCGGGCAUCUCCCCUCCCCAGAGGCCAGCCAAGCCAAGUGAGAAGCCCCGACUGCGGCAGAUCCCCUCAGCUGAGGACCUGGAGACAGAUGGUGGGGGAGUGGGGCCGGUGGGGGAUGACAGCCUGGAGCACAGGGAGUCAAGCCAUGGGCAGCACGAAGCCAGAGGCCCUAUUCCUCUCCAGCAGCACCAGCAGGUUUUCCUCUGGGAGCAGCAGCGACUGGCUGGGCGGCUCCCACGGGGAGGAACUGGGGACUCUGUGCUGCUUUCCCUGGCCCAGGGCAGUCACCGGCCCCUGUCCAGGGCUCAGUCAUCCCCAGCUGCGCCUGCCUCACUGCCAACCCCAGAGCCUGCCAGCCAGGCCCGUGUCCUGCCCAGCUCAGAGACCUCUGCCAGGACCCUGCCUUUCACCACAGGGCUGGUGUAUGACUCGGUGAUGCUGAAACACCAGUGCUCCUGCGGGGACAACAGCAGGCACCCGGAGCACGCGGGCCGUAUCCAGAGCAUCUGGUCCCGGCUGCAGGAGCGGGGGCUCCGGAGCCAGUGUGAGUGUCUCCGGGGCCGGAAGGCCUCCCUGGAGGAGCUGCAGUCAGUGCACUCCGAGCGGCACGUGCUUCUCUAUGGCACCAACCCGCUCAGCCGCCUCAAACUGGACAACGGGAAGCUGGCAGGGCUCCUGGCACAGCGGAUGUUUGUGAUGCUGCCCUGUGGUGGGGUAGGGGUGGAUACCGAUACCAUCUGGAAUGAGCUGCACUCUUCCAAUGCGGCCCGCUGGGCAGCCGGCAGCGUCACUGACCUUGCCUUCAAAGUCGCUUCCCGUGAGCUAAAGAAUGGUUUUGCUGUGGUUCGGCCCCCAGGACACCAUGCGGACCAUUCCACAGCCAUGGGCUUCUGCUUCUUCAACUCCGUGGCCAUUGCCUGCCGGCAGCUUCAACAACAGGGCAAGGCCGGCAAGAUCCUCAUCAUGGACUGGGAUGUUCACCAUGGCAAUGGCACCCAGCAAACCUUCUACCAGGACCCCAGUGUGCUCUACAUCUCCCUGCAUCGCCAUGAUGAUGGCAACUUCUUCCCCGGCAGUGGGGCCGUGGAUGAGGUGGGAGCUGGCAGCGGUGAGGGCUUCAAUGUCAACGUGGCCUGGGCAGGAGGUCUAGACCCCCCUAUGGGGGAUCCUGAGUACCUGGCUGCCUUCAGGAUGGUUGUGAUGCCCAUUGCCCGAGAGUUCUCUCCGGACCUGGUUCUGGUGUCAGCUGGUUUUGAUGCUGCCGAGGGUCACCCAGCCCCGCUGGGUGGCUACCAUGUUUCAGCUAAAUGUUUUGGGUACAUGACCCAGCAGCUGAUGAGCUUGGCGGGAGGUGCAGUGGUGCUGGCCUUGGAAGGUGGCCAUGACCUCACAGCCAUCUGUGAUGCUUCUGAGGCCUGUGUGGCUGCUCUUCUGGGAAACAAGGUGGAUCCUCUCUCAGAAGAAGGCUGGAAGCAGAAGCCCAACCUCAACGCCAUCCGCUCUUUGGAAGCCGUGAUCCAGGUGCACAGUAAAUACUGGGGCUGCAUGCAGCGCCUGGCCUCCUGUCCAGACUCCUGGGUGCCCAGGGUGCCAGGGGCUGACACAGAAGAAGUGGAGGCAGUGACCGCACUGGCAUCCCUCUCCGUGGGAAUCCUGGCUGAAGAGCGGCCCUCACAACAGCUGGUGGAGGAGGAAGAACCUAUGAAUCUCUAAGGCUUAGAACGGAUCUGCCUGCCCACCCUGCCCUUCGGACCUGGUUCUCUUCUAACCUCUGGCCAUAGUACCCAUUCCCGGAGUCUUCAGAGAGCCUUUGGGCAGGUAGUUGGGGCCAGAGAACGGCCCCUUGACAGUCACCCCAAGGAGCCUGAGAAGGGCCCUGGGUCUAGGAUAGGGACCAGAGAGGACCCCGAGAAGAGGCAGGCUGGGCAGUCGGCCAGCCCUUGGUAGGGCUCUCUCAAGAACAGAGUCUACCCCUUUGGGGUGCAGGCCCCUGGCUGGGCCCCCCUUCCUCAGGACUGCACAGAGGAGGACUGGCUCAGUCAGGCUCACUGAUAACCACUAUUCUUGGCUCUGUAGACCCUGGGCUUUGCACACAGCCCCAGGCUCCACACAGAAAUGUGAACUUGGCCUCAACCAGGGUGGCCCUUCCGAGGCUCUGAGGGCUAGGCCAGAGCGGGGGAGAAGGGGAUGGGUAGGAGGAGGCAGGGGGUCCCCUAUACCUGAGUGCAGGGGGAAUCCCUCUCGCCUGCUUCUUCAGAUGACUCUGGAAGCUUCCUCCCCCCUCCCCCCGCCACUGGGCAGGGAGACAAAGCUCCUUCCAAGAGAGCAGUCCUUGGCAGGCCUCCCAUCUGGUCCCUGCCCCUGCCAGAGGUCACCCUAUGUCCGCCAUCUCAGUGCCCUGGUGGAGCAGACAGGUGCUCUUGGAGUUCUGUGCUUCCUGAGCCAAUGGUGCCAAACUCUUCAUCUCCCCUCAGUAGCACAGCAUGACCACCAGGGACCCCUUGGUCACUGCCCUCCUCCAUGAGACUUCUCUCUUUCUGGGGUCUCCCUCACCCAGCUCUGACUCCUGCCCUCCAUAGGACCAGCUCGGCUGAGGGGAAAGGGGGUGGGAGAGUGGAUGCGAGACAUGGGGGAGGGGAGGCUGCCCUGGCCAAGUCUUCAAGGCUUCUGGGGUCCAGGCCUGGGGCCAAGAAGGAAAGUAUUUGUGUGCUAGAGAGAGUGAGUGUGUGUGUGUGUGUGUGUGCGUGCGUGUGUGUGCACGUGCGCGUAUGUGUGUGUCUUCCCGAGGACCACCACCCCCUGUGUAUGUAUGCAUGUUUUUGUAAAAAAGAAAAAAAAAGAAAAGAAAAAAAUGGAAAAAAAACUGAAUAAAUGUUUUAUUUGCUUUAAA